CUGAGUCGGCCGGCGAGCACCAGGUUACUCACUCACUCAUCCACUCAUCCUGCUACUGGCGGCACCGCCACUCGGGACAUCUGCUCUGUGUGAGCUGCCAGUGGGCUGGCGUGGGCCGCCGUGUGUGUGUGUGUGUUUGUUUGUGUCUGUCACUGUGUGUGUGAGUGUGCAGAUCACCUGCGGCGCUCACACAGGGACCGCUCUCCAGCUGGGACUGACAUUCAGCAACGUGAACAGUGGAUCACAGCAUCGGACAGCAGAGACAAUAGUCACAGAGUCAUUGCCCGGAGACACUUAUUGAUUAAACCCCGGCGGCGUAGAAGGUAUGCGGAGUGUGCAUUGGAAGGAAUUCGUGAAGCUUUGCGCCACUUGUAACCAGCAUUUAUAAAUCGUGCCGACUCCAACUUCAAGAGACGUCCAGCUAAUGACACAUUCUGCAAUGAGACGUCCAACUAGCACUUGGCGUCUCUGGAUGCUCCUGGGAAGCUUGGUGCAGCCCAGCGGUGCAGAUUGCGAAGCAGCAAAGAAGGAUGUGGAGUUGGACAUGAACAUGCAUUACAACUUUUCAAGCUUUCAUGCGGAAACUGACAUCCAGAACUUGGUCCACCACAACCAGCGCAUUUAUGUUGGGGCAACAAAUAAGAUCUACGUCCUGAAUAGUAACCUAGAAAAGCUCUUUGAGUUCAAAACGGGCCCCGUACUGGAGUCCGUGAAUUGUUCGCCAUGUGCAAACUGUGAGGAAAGGGAAGACCACUCGGAAUCUGUGUGGAGUAACAACACCAACAUGGUCUUGCUUGUUGAAACAUUCUAUGGAGAUCAUCUUAUUAGUUGUGGCAGCGUGAGAGGUGGAGUCUGUUUCCUACACAAUCUCCAGGAAGAUGCUCCUGACAACUUUUCAAGCAAUGCCAAGUGUAUGUAUUCAUUGUCCAACAACAACCGUGGCAUGUGUCCCGACUGCAUUGCCAGCCCCCUGGGGACAAAGAUAUUGAUGACAAAGAGUGAUGGAUUUGUGAAACUAUAUAUCGGUGCAACGCUGAGUUCUGCAAUUCAACCAAUACCGUUACCUUCAGUAUCCAUAAAGAGGUUGAAGGAAUCCGAAGAUAGCUUUCAGUUUGUCUCUGAACAUUCGUACAUGGAUGUUAUUCCACAAUUCAGGGAUGCCUAUCCAAUUAAGUAUCUUUAUGCUUUUGAAAGUGGGGACUAUGUGUACUUUUUAACAGUGCAACGUGAAAGUUUGCACUCCCAGUCAUUUCACACCAGAAUUAUUCGGCUAUGCACCUCUGAUCCUUACUUGAACUCGUAUGUUGAAAUGCCACUCGAAUGUAUUGUCAGUGAAAAAAGAAGGAAGAGGUCCUCUGAUAUUGAAGUGUUCAACAUCAUUCAGGCAGCAUACGCAGCCAAACCAGGCGCCGAUCUUGCCAAACAGUUGGGGAUUUCUAUUGAAGAGGAUGUACUCUUUGCAGUAUUUGUGCAAAGUAAACCAGAGUCUUUGGAACCUGCCAACAGAUCAACUGUCUGUGCAUUUUCAGUGGAAUCCAUCAAUCGAUUCUUUGAGAUAUUCAUCGACAAAUGCCAGAGAGAAAGCCUUCCAAAAGGUCUUCACCAUUUUCACGGUGGUGCCGAUAGAUACUGCGUCAAUAAAAGUUCUUCAGCCAAGGAGAGGGCUUGUGGAGGCACCAGUAACAAGUUUCAGAUGGAGAGUGCAGUUCCUGUACAACGAUUGGACCUGUUUCUUGGGCAAUUCCAAAAUAUCUUGUUAACAUCCAUCGCAGUUUUCACACAAGGAAGGGUAACGAUUGCCAAUCUGGGAACCGCUGAUGGUCGAGUUAUGCAGGUGGUGAUUUCACGAGUCCAGCCGUCGACGCCUCAUUUCACUUUCCAGCUGGAUUCCAGUUCAGUAUUCCCUGAAGUACUGGUUGAGCAAUCCGGGUCGGAAAAUGGCUACAUCAUCAUCAUUACUGGGAAAAAGAUAAGCAAAUUGCCUUUAACAGCUGCAAGGUGUGGCCAUUUCUUGUCCUGCAGUAAGUGUUUAACAGCUCCGUCCUUCAUGGGCUGUGGCUGGUGUAGUGGAAGGUGUUCCCGAAAGCAGGAAUGCAUGACUCACAUGUUGAACAUCUGCCCUGCUAUUAUCAGAGAGAUCUCUCCGCUAACUGCCCCCUCAGAGGGUGGAACAAGGCUGAUCAUUUGUGGAAGGAAUUUUGAAACCAUGAAAAUUGGUAAAGUAAGUGCUAAAACGACGGCCAUAAUUGUCGGAACUGCUCCCUGCAAAUUGGAAGCAAACAGAAGCAACAGGAACAGACUUGUUUGCCUAUUGGAAGCACUUAACGUCACACAAGAUUAUAAUCCAGUCUACAUUUAUUUAACAUUGAACAGAAAUUUAACAACACAAGCCGUCGGCUUUUCUUUCGUGAAUCCAGCGAUUACCAGCAUCUCUCCCACUUAUGGUUCAAAGUCCGGAGGGACCCGACUGACAAUCACCGGCAAGUACUUGGACAGCGGAAACAGAAGGGAGGUUUCCAUUGGAGGAAAAGCAUGUGAUUUAAAAAGCAUUUCUGAAACCAAGAUUGAGUGCUCGACUCCAGCCCAUGCUUCCAUGCAGAUGUACUCUGUGGUUUUGAAAAUAGAUGCCGCCAUCCGAGAAUUCAAAAAUCAAUUCCUAUAUGUGGAAAAUCCAACAAUCACUGAGAUUUAUCCAGUAUGGUCAUUCUGCAGUGGAGGCAGCACAGUGACUGUGAAAGGAAUAAAUUUGAAUUUUGUGCAGUCUCCCCAGAUGGUAAUAACUGUACAACAAGAGUCAAAGAAGUUUCAUGUGGCAUGUAGAUAUGAGGAUAGCUUGAAGGUAAUCUACUGUCGAACUCCCCCUCUCAAUUGCUUUAAACUCACACUGCCCACGCAAGGCAAAGCAACUUUUAUCUUUGACAAUGUCCCCGUGGCAACGUUUAAUUUUGGAUACACGGAAGAUCCUUUGUUCGAGACGUUUGAAGUUCCCAAGGAAAUCAAAAAGAGUGGCAGCAAUGCACUUGAGAUUAAAUUUCAAGGACAACUAAUUCAACCUGAUGCUAUCAAUGGCAAAAUACUGACAAUUGGAAACCAGAGCUGUGAGCACAUACAACUGAAACCAAACACUUUGAUUUGCACCAUACCUCAGGAACUUCUGGCUUCACGAAGUGAAUUGGAUGUGCAAUGGAAAAAAGCAAAUUCAUCAAUUUAUUUGGGAACAAUAAUCGUCCUUGAAAAUAAGAAUUUAAUUCCAUUCCUGAGUGUGGUUGCGAUAAUAUUCCUGGGUCUUCUGAUAAUUGGAAUAUUUAUUUGGAGGUACAAGAAGAAAAAGAUGAAAGAUCUAAACCCAGAUGUAGUGAGGUAUGACGGAGGAACGCACACAUUGCACCUCGAUCGGCUUGUGAAUACAAGAGCACGAAAUAGUAUCACUACAGAAAUGAUAUCUCAUGAAUCUUCUGACUAUCGUACGACUCUGCAAGACGAUCCGUUCCAGAACUUAACACAAGGAGCAUCUUACAGACAGGCCCAGUUUUCCCACUCGGAUCUGACUUGCAUUUUGUCAAGUGGGGACCUGGAUUCAACCACGCCGUUGUUGCAAAGUGACGUGAACAUAAACGUCAGCAGCCUGGACUCUGAACUACUGAAAGAGGUGCAGCACAUGCUUAUAAGUGCAGACGCCCUGACAAUGCACACUGCAGAGGUGAUAGGAAGAGGUCACUUUGGCUGUGUGUGCCAUGGAACACUCAUUGCCCAAGACGGGAAACAUGUACAUUGUGCUGUGAAGUGCCUCAACAGAAUCACCUGCAUAGAACAGGUAACCCAAUUUCUGAAGGAAGGAUUGAUAAUGAAAGAUUUCAAACAUGUUAAUGUCCUCUCUCUGCUUGGAAUCGGCCUUCCUAACCAAGGAUCCCCACUAGUAGUGUUGCCUUACAUGAAACACGGUGACCUACGGAACUUCAUCAGAGAAGAAAGUCAUAAUCCAACAGUAAAGGAUCUUAUUCGUUUUGGACUUCAUGUUGGAAAAGGAAUGGAAUAUCUUGCAAGCAAAAAGUUUGUUCAUCGAGAUCUUGCGGCAAGAAACUGCAUGUUGGAUGAAAACUACACUGUAAAAGUGGCUGAUUUUGGGCUUGCAAGAGAUAUAUACGAGAAGGAAUAUUACAGCAUUAAUAAUAAAAGUGGUGCUAAAUUGCCAGUGAAGUGGAUGGCCCUGGAAAGUCUGCAGACCCAGAAAUUUACAACCAAGUCUGAUGUGUGGUCGUUUGGUGUUCUGCUGUGGGAGCUGAUGACACGAGGAGCACCACCUUACCCCGAUGUUGAUUCAUUUGAUGUCACUGUUUACCUGUUACAGGGAAGGAGGUUGCUGCAACCUGAAUACUGUCCCGAUUCACUAUAUGCAGUAAUGCUGCAAUGUUGGCACCCAAAACAUGAAAUCCGCCCAACGUUCUCUGAAAUAGUUUCAAAACUGUCGUCAAUAAUUUCCACUUUCACUGGAGAUCACCACAUCGAGUUAAAUACAACCUAUGUAAACAUAAACUGCAGAGUGCCCUAUCCACCUGUAUAUUCAUCUCAAGAUCAUUUGGACAGAGAUGCUCAGGCGUGAACAAGGACACGUUUCUUUAAAGGAUCUUUUAUCAGCAGACAAAUGCAGGACAUGUUCCAGACUUUACAAAGGAGAAGCCCUGUAUUAAAUGUGCUGCCGGUUCAACGUGCCGAACCAUUGACAACUACAGGACUGAGAUAAAUCGCAAUUAAAUAUUGUAAAACUGUCUCUCAUCAUUGAGAAAUAAUGAUGUCUGUUCUCAUCCCCUCUUCCAUGGAAUGGGCCAAGAGUUCUCCUCGUACUUGACUUCCACUCCACCAAUCUUUGCAUUCAACGCAUAAUCAUUCGCAAUUUUUGCCGGCCCCAACGUGAUCUCACCAAAUCUUCCCCCAUUUCUACCUUUCCAUUGGACCACUCAUUUUGUAACUCCCUGGACCACUCUUCCAAUCCCCACUUCCACUCGACAUCCCAUGGCUGCUUGAGCAGAUGCAGUGCCUGCCUAUUCACCUCUUCACCUUCCACCAUCCAGGGAACCAAGCUACCAUUCUGGGUGAAGCAGCGACUCACUUGGACUCUUUCCAGUCUAGUCCACUGUAUCCAUUGUUCAGAAUGUAGUGCCCUCUGCACUGGGGAAACCAGAAGCAGAAUGGCAGAUUGAACAGCAGAGCACUCUUGAGUGCCCUGCAUGUUACGAUUUAAUUCUCAAUCCCAUUCCCUGUCCCAUCUGCUGUCUGCAACCUCCUCCACUGCCACAGCAAGGCCAACGUAAGCUAGAACUACAUCUUAUCGUCCACCUGGGCACUUUACAGUCUUCUGGAAUAAACAAAAAAAUCUCCAAAUUAAGGUAAAUUGCUCAUGUCAGUUUUCAUUAUCUUGUUCAUUAUCUUCAUUACCUUUUUCUCACCCCGUUUAUUUAGUGCCGUACUAAUGGUCAGUACCUGUGCUCUUACUCGCUGCUCUGCCUCAACAUAUGGUCUGUUGACUUGUAAACCCUCCACGCCAGAACUGAUGCAGAAUCUACACCCAAAACACCAAUCAUCCUUUUGCUUCCACAGAUGCUGCUCCACCCAAUGAGUUCUUCCAGCAGUAUGUUUGUGCUCCAGAUGCCAAGAUCUUAUGCUUCCAACCCUCUACUCUAGCCCCUGGUCUGAAUAAGGGUCACCAAAAUGUUCACCAGUUUCUCUUUCCAUAGAUGCUGCUCGACUGAUUGAGUUCUUAUGGCAUUUCGGUUUCAUUUUGUCAUUGUGAAAACCUGUUCAUAGCUUCUGCUGUAAAAAAAAAAAUGCUUUGUUGAUUGCAGGAGAAAAAAAGUCAUGAUAAAUUUAAAGAAAAAUUCCAUCCUGAAAAAUUAAUGGAGAUUUCUAUUUUUUUAAUAAUAGGUUUAUUUUUAAUUAAUUAACCUCAAUAGCAACAUUAAAACUGGACCAUUUUAUCAUUGCACAUAAAACCUUUGAAAUUGUUUUCUUAAUUUCUUACAUGGUCCGUGUACCAGUGUCAAUGAAAUACACUUGAUCUUUCAGAAUCACUGAUAUUGUCAUUUCUUUUCAAUUGAAUCCAGUGAAAAUAAGAUGUUGAAUUAAUCACUGUGGUCGAUGCAAUAGCUGUUACUGCAAUUUAUUGUGUCUUGUAUUAAAUUAUUAAAAACACAA